AUGCAGGCUGCCAGCAGCCGUGGCCUGAACAUUUCCGCAUCAGCGGGGCAUACGGCGCCGCAGUCGCAGUCGCUGGCACGGUCGCUGCGGCCCAUCCCCAUCACCGUCGUGACGGUGGCCAAGGGGUCCAGCAAGGGGGCAGAGCUGAUGGCGCUAGAGUGGGCAGACAAGCUGAAGCGGUACACCAGCCUUUCGCAGAUACAGGUCAAGCCCAACCCUAAGAAUGCCAAAGAGACGGCGGUGGCGGUUCGGCACGAGGGGGAGCGGGUGCUGAAGGUGUUGCAGCCCUCGGACCGCGUGGUGCUGUUGGAUGAGCGGGGCAGAGACAUUUCCAGUGAAGACCUGGCGCGGCUGCUGGCACAGGCCUCUGACCAGAGCUGGCCUUUGGUGGUGUUCUGCAUAGGAGGCCCCUAUGGCCACGCACCCGCAGUGCGGGCCCGCGGCAACGACACCAUCCGGCUGUCAAAGAUGGUGCUCAACCACCAGGUGGCGCACGUGGUGCUCCUGGAGCAGCUGUAUCGAGCGUGGACCAUCCUGCGUGGGGAGCCCUACCACCACUGA